UCCCUUGUAACCCACAAUAGCAUCUUCAGCUCUGAGUACCCCUGGCUUCUACAGACAAGAGGUCAUGUUAAUCCUGCUAUUGCCCCUCCUACCUUGGCUUUUCUGCCACUGGGCAUAUGGUGCAGACUUUCAUGCUAUCAACAUGUUCCAUCGGUCCUACUUCCCAGACAGUAGUUCAGUGGAAGUUGUAGGCAAUGCCACCCUGGAUGGAAAGCUCACUCACACUUUGAAGGGGCACAAUGAACAGAUCAAUGUGAGCCAGCUGCUCCCACUGGAGCCUUCCCAUCUCUGGAAGCAGAGGAAAAGCAACCUGCGCCUGUACCUACAGCAGUUCCAGGACAUGGUCAAAGUGACAGCUCGUGAAAGGAAUGUAGCAUAUCCCUUCCACGUACAGUGCGCCCAUGGCUGCCUGAUCUUCCACAAUGGCACCAGCCACAGCUUCUAUGAUGUCGCACUGAAUGGGCUUGCUCUCCUGAAAUUCUACGCUGCCAACACAACGUGGGUGCCGUUAGAGGCCUCUUCCGUGGCCUGGUAUGCCAGCAGCCAACUCAACAUGUACAAUGAGACCACCAAAAGCCUACAGUUUUUCCUACAAAAAACAUGUGUUAACUUUGUGAGGGAGCACAGCGAUGUAAACCAACCCUUGACUGGAGGACAUCAAGGACGCUCACAUACCCCACUGGUGCUGGGCAUCAUUGUGGGUGCCUUUGCUCUAUUGGGCCUAGCUGUUUGCAUCUUCCUAUGCACAGGAGGGAAAAAAUAACCUCAAGCACCAUAACAUUAUGAGCCAAGCUCAA